AUUAAAAAAAGAAGAGUUACCAAACUAAACGGGACACAUAGGUGAAACACGAUUUCAUGGCAGCACUGGUUAUCUCUGUUCUUCAUUAGAUGAACCAAUUCCAAUGCACACUUCAUCUUCAAACCUUUCGUACCCUUCUCAAACAAUGCAUAACCCAAAAAGAUUUUCUAACUGGAAAAACCCUCCACGCUUUCUACAUCAAAUCCUUCAUUCCACACUCAACUUACCUCUCCAACCAUUUCACACUUCUUUACUCAAAAUUUGGUACAUUUUCCAAUGCUUUAACGGCUUUUCACUUCACCGGAUACCCUAAUGUGUUUUCCUAUAAUACCAUUAUACAUGCUUGUGCUAAACAUAACUUACCGAACCUCGCCCACCAGCUGUUUGAUGAAAUUCCCGAACCGGAUGUUGUUUCUUAUAAUACUCUGAUCGCGGUCCACGCUCGUAGGGGAGAGUGUGGGCAGGCGGUGAGUGUGUUUAAGGAAGUUAGAGAGGUUGGGUUGGUGCUUGAUGGGUUUACGUUGUCUGGGGUGAUUAGUGCCAGUGUUGAGGAUGUUGGGCUUGUUAGGCAAUUGCAUUGUUUUGCAUUGUUGUGUGGAUAUGAUUGUUAUGCGUCGGUGUGUAAUGCGGUUCUUGCUUGUUACGGUAGGUUGGGAAGGUUGAACGAGGCGUGGAGGGUUUUUAGAGAAAUGGGGGAGGGUUGUAGGGACAUGGUUUCGUGGAAUGCGAUGAUUGUGGCAUGUGGACAACAUCGGGAGGGGGCGAAGGCUCUGAGGUUGUUUGGGGAGAUGGAGAGGAUGGGGUUGGAGGUUGACAUGUUUACGAUGGCUAGUGUUUUGACUGCGUUCACUUGUCUUAAGGAUUUGGCUGGGGGAAUGCAGUUUCAUGGGAAAAUGAUCAAGAGUGGAUUUCAUAGGAACUCUCAUGUUGGGAGCGGGUUGAUUGACUUGUACUCCAAGUGUGCUCCUCAUGGAAUGUUGGAGUGUAUGAAGGUGUUUGAGGAAAUCCCUAAACCGGAUUUGGUUCUUUGGAACACCAUGAUUUCCGGAUUUUCCCAACACGAGGAUUUGUGUGAGGACGCUCUUUCUAGUUUUCGGGAGAUGCAGCGUGUUGGUUUUUGUCCGGAUGAUUGUAGUUUUGUGUGUGUGAUUAGUGCAUGCUCCAAUUUGUCAUCUCCCUCUGUGGGGAAACAGGUUCACGCAUUGGCAAUCAAAUCUGAUAUCCCAUGUAACCGUGUUUCCGUUAAUAAUGCUUUUGUGGCAAUGUACUCCAAAUGUGGGAAUCUUCAUGAUGCGAGAAGGAUAUUUGAUACAAUGCCUGAACAGAACACGGUAUCGCUGAAUUCAAUGAUUGCAGGCUAUGCACAGCAUGGUGCUGAGAUUGAAUCGCUCCAGCUCUUUGAACUGAUGCUGCAAGAGAAAAUUGUACCAAAUAACAUAACCUUCAUAUCUGUUCUUUCUGCAUGUGCACACACAGGAAAAGUCGAUGAGGGUGAGAAGUAUUUCAACAUGAUGAAAGAAAAGUUUGGGAUUGAACCAGAAGCAGAACAUUAUUCAUGCAUGAUAGAUCUUUUAGGUAGGGCAGGGAAACUCAACAAAGCUGAGAGGAUUAUUGAAACAAUGCCAUUUGAUCCUGGUUCUAUCGAAUGGGCUGCGUUGCUCGGUGCAUGUAAGAAGCAUGGAAAUGUGGAGCUUGCAGUAAAAGCAGCCAAUAAGUUUCUCCAGCUGGAACCGUAUAAUGCAGCUCCAUAUGUAAUGCUUUCAAACGUGUAUGCAAGUGCCAACAGAUGGGAAGAGGCUGCAACAGUCAAAAGGCUGAUGCGCGAACGAGGAGUGAAGAAGAAACCGGGUUGUAGUUGGAUCGAGAUAGAUAAGAAGGUGCAUGUCUUUGUAGCUGAAGACACUUCGCAUCCAAGGAUAAAAGAGAUUCAUACGUACAUGAGUGAAUUGUUAAUGAAAUUAAAGCAAGCAGGGUAUGUAGCAGAUAUAAGAUUGGCAUUGGUGAAAGAUGAAGAUGUAAUAGCAAUAGAAGAGAAAGAAAGAAGGUUAUGGCAUCACAGUGAGAAGCUAGCAAUCGCUUUUGCUCUGAUCUCCACUGAAGAAGGGGCGCCAAUACUUGUUGUUAAGAACUUACGAAUUUGUGGUGAUUGCCACAAUGCUAUCAAACUUAUAUCAGCCAUUUCUGGUAGGGAAAUCACUGUUAGAGAUACUCACAGGUUUCAUUGCUUUAAGGAAGGGCAAUGUUCAUGCAGGGAUUAUUGGUGAUAAUAUAGUCAAAUGUGCUACUUUGGUGAGAAAAUAAAUCAUACCACCACAUCAGUCCACAUACCAGUAAGAUGCUAAAGCUAAUGUAACAAUAGGAAAUAUGACCAAUAUAGUUUUUGUUUUAUUCACAUAAUUUUAUCAAUACGAAAGUACCAAUUCUAAAUUUCACUCCCGUGUAUCUUAACUGGUAAGUUGAUGCAGAACUCUACUAACAAAUUUAGAUUAGAUUUAACUUAUCUUUUCAACAUAGAGCUAUGUACUUCUAGUUAACUGAAAUGCCAAAUGUCAAGUUGAUUUAAAUUACAUGUUUUCAUGAGAGGAUUCAGUGUAGCAUGGCCUUGUUAAUUGGUAUAGGAACCAUUGCAACCAAUGACAAUGACUAAACACAACAUA